GAGGGCCCGCGCCGCCUGAUUGGCCCGGGGGACAGAGAUGGGCGAGGCCCUGCGGAGCGUUGUCCUCGCCCAUUGGCCGGGCUGCGCUGCCCGGAGACGCUGACACGAAGAGAGGCCUCCUGCCUGGGCACAUGGCCUCCAACUACAGGAAACCUGGGUUGGGUGCAGCCCAGAGGAAGAAAAGUGGAUUGAAACCUGAAUUAACAGAAGAGCAGAAGCAAGAGAUCAGGGAAGCAUUUGAUUUAUUUGAUACUGAUGGAUCUGGAAGCAUUGAUGUAAAAGAACUGAAGGUUGCAAUGCGUGCUCUAGGCUUUGAACCAAAGAAAGAAGAAAUUAAAAAAAUGAUAGCAGAUAUUGACAAAGAAGGAAGUGGCACCAUUGACUUUGAAGACUUUUUGGCUAUGAUGACCCAAAAAAUGAGUGAGAAAGAUUCAAAAGAAGAAAUCUUGAAAGCCUUCCGAUUAUUUGAUGAUGAUGGGACAGGAAAGAUUUCUUUCAAAAACCUAAAGAGAGUUGCCAAGGAGCUGGGAGAGAAUUUAACAGAUGAAGAGCUACAGGAAAUGAUUGAAGAAGCUGACAGAGAUGGAGAUGGAGAAGUAAACGAGCAGGAAUUUUUGAGGAUUAUGAAGAAAACUAGUUUGUAUUAAUGUUUGUUGCCUUCUCUCAGAGUUAUUUUAAAAUGUGAUCUGCAAAACACUUAGAAAAUACCUGGCUUACAUCCCUUUUUCAUGAUGCUUCACAAAUCUAAAGAGAGCUUGAAAGGAUGCAUUUUUGUUUUGCAGUUUUUCAGUAGAAUCUGUUUUGUUAAAAUUGAGGCCCUAUGUAGGAUGAUUCUAGUUGACAGACAGAAGAACAAGCAAAAUGAGAUAUUACAAAGGUGAAAGCUGAGGGUGGAUUUAGACUAUAAUAGUUGUGGGGGGUUCAAGUUUUGUCUGUUGGGUUUUUUUUUAAAUAACACCACUUUCAGUGACAAACACUUUGGGAAAAAUGGAUAUUGUUUCAGCACCAUGGAUUCUGCACCAUUUACCUUCAUUUAAAGUAUGGAGCCACAGUACAGAUGUUCUCCAGCAAGUCUAGGGAAGACUAGGUUGACUUGUCAAUAUUUCUUAGACUUCCAAACAAACCCCAAACCCUUCCAUGCUUGGAUUGUCCAAGUUUACUGUAUGACUAAUCAUUGUUUUAUUGCAAGGUACUUAUUUCUGAAGCUUUAUUGAGUUCCUGCAAUUUUCUUACUUCAAGUACUUAAAGUGAAAUUCAGUUCUAGGGUCCACUGAUACCAAAGUUGUGCACGUCUGAGGAAACGUUGGCCGUGGCAGCUUAAAAACACUUUUAUACAAUCUGAUCACAUACCUUAAAGUAGAGAAAUAAUUUGUUGCAUUAUACAGAUAUAAAG